GUAUACCUCACCAACCAACCCCACUUCCUCUUCUGUCGAUCUGUCUCUCUCUCUCUAGAAUUCCUGUGUGUGUGGGUGUGUGUGUGUGUUGAAGAGAAAGGAAAUGGCCUGCUCUAGCUUCGCCAAGCUCAACGCCUCCUCCUCCCAGUGGAUCGGCCAGCAGUCCUUCGCUCAGCGACCCGGAUCUUCCUCCCCUCGCCUCCCCGCUCGGCGCGUCUCCCUCCCGAUCCGCGCCUGUGCUUACUCCGACGAGCUAGUCCAGACCGCCAAAUCCAUUGCAUCUCCUGGUCGUGGUAUCCUUGCCAUUGAUGAGUCAAAUGCAACCUGUGGGAAAAGGUUAGCAUCCAUCGGGUUGGACAAUACUGAGGUCAAUCGUCAAGCUUAUAGACAACUUCUGUUGACCACUCCCGGUCUGGGUGAGUACAUCUCUGGUGCCAUUUUGUUUGAGGAGACACUUUACCAAUCAACAACAGAUGGCAAGAAAUUUGUGGACUGCUUGCGUGAGGAGAAAAUUGUUCCAGGCAUUAAAGUUGACAAGGGUUUGGUUCCUCUUCCUGGAUCCAAUAAUGAAUCCUGGUGCCAAGGCUUGGAUGGAUUGGCUUCAAGGUCAGCUGAAUACUACAAGCAAGGUGCUCGUUUUGCCAAAUGGAGGACAGUGGUUAGCAUUCCUUGUGGUCCCUCUGCUCUUGCAGUAAAAGAAGCUGCAUGGGGACUUGCACGAUAUGCUGCCAUUUCUCAGGAUAAUGGCCUUGUGCCUAUUGUUGAACCUGAGAUUCUUCUUGAUGGAGACCACCCCAUUGAGAGGACUCUCGAAGUGGCAGAGAAGGUUUGGUCUGAGGUCUUUUUCUAUUUGGCUGAGAACAAUGUUAUGUUUGAGGGUAUCCUGCUUAAACCCAGCAUGGUAACUCCUGGAGCUGAGCAUAAGGAGAAGGCUUCUCCUGAGACAAUUGCCAAGUACACUCUUACAAUGUUGAGAAGGAGAGUUCCUCCUGCUGUUCCAGGAAUCAUGUUUUUGUCAGGAGGACAAUCUGAAGUUGAAGCCACCCUGAAUCUUAACUCCAUGAACCAGAGCCCCAACCCUUGGCACGUUUCCUUCUCGUAUGCACGAGCGCUUCAGAAUACCGUGCUGAAGACAUGGCAAGGACGUCCUGAGAAUAUCGAAGCUGCACAAAAGUCACUGUUGGUGCGUGCCAAAGCAAACUCGUUGGCUCAACUUGGAAGGUACUCUGCCGAGGGUGAAAGCGAGGAAGCAAAGAAAGGGAUGUUUGUAAAAGGCUACACAUACUAAGCCCCCAAAUUCAGAGCAACUUUGGUACGAUAGGACCUCACUUCAGUUGAAGUCUUUUGUUGUCUUUUCUUCAUUUAUUUUUUCUGUUAAAUGAGGAUUCAUGAGUGUUUUGGGUCCUUGCCUUAGUGCCUCCUGCUUCCAAAUAAUACCGGUGAGAAAGGAAAUAGUUCCUGAACGGUAAUUAGGAGAGUGAUGUAAUAGUGAAAGCAAGACAGACGUAAGUGUAUGGAUCGAUAAAAAAAAGGUUUAGAAAGACUUGAUUUCUAAAUGACAUUGUAAGCAUUCAUAGGAUACUUUCAAUAUGCUGGAUUUUAUGGGUGGACAGAUACAAUAUGUCGAUCAAUUAGGUCAUGUUUAUUGUCA